ACAUCACGCUGUGCGUCGCCAGCUGCGGCGGGGCCGGGCCGCUCCUACGCGGGUCCUGAGCGCUGGUCCCCCCGCGCCGCCCCGGAGCCAUGUUCGGCUCCAGCCGCGGUGGCGUCCGCGGUGGGCAGGACCAGUUCAAUUGGGAGGACGUGAAGACCGACAAGCAGAGAGAGAACUACCUGGGCAACUCGCUGAUGGCGCCCGUGGGGCGCUGGCAGAAGGGCCGCGACCUCACCUGGUACGCCAAAGGCCGCGCGCCGUGCGCGGGCCCGAGCCGCGAGGAGGAGUUGGCGGCCGUGCGAGAGGCGGAGCGCGAGGCGCUGUUGGCCGCGCUCGGCUACAAGAACGUGAGGAGGCAGCCUACCGGCCUGAGCAAGGAGGACUUUGUGGAGAUCUGCAAGCGGGAGGGCGGAGACCCCGAGAAGGGCGUGGACCGGCUGCUGGGGCUGGGCAGUGCCAGUGGGUCCGCCGGCCGCGUGGCGCUGUCCCGGGAAGACAAGGAGGCCGCCAAGUUGGGUCUGUCAGUGUUCACGCACCACCGCGUGGACAGGGGUGGCCCAGGAAACGCCACAGCUACGGCCAAGAAGAAGCCACGCGCGGAAGACCAGGCCGAGUCGGGUACAGAGAGCCACAAGAAGAGCAAGAAGGAAAAGAAGAAAAAGAAGAAAAAACACAAGAAACAGAAGAAAAAGAAAGACAAAGAGCACCAGAAGGAGGCUGAUGCCUCCUCAUCUCCCUCUCCUGAUCGGCCUGGGCGCUGCCGGCACGAUUCUGACUCCCCCUCCCCCUACAAGAGGCAGAAGUGGGGACACAGUGGGGACAGUGGGAGGAGCCUGUCCCACAGACAGCAGGACUGAAGCUGUGAUACCUGAGGCUGCAGCUGAACUGCUGGACAGCACAGCCCCUGCAGCUCUAAGCUGGGACCUGGUACACUGCUGCACUGUGAGGCCUGGGCCCUGUGGAUCCUGAGUGACUGCAGCUACCCACCUAUCGCCUGCUGGUCUGCCCUAGGGGAGCUCCUGUUUGGGUGAGCAUGUGCCUGCUAGGCCUUGGGAGCCAGGUGGCAGGCUCAGGCAGAGGUAAAGUCGCUUUGUGGCGAUCCCUCCAGGUCUUGAGCCUUGCCCUGCCACGAGGCAAAAGUGAAGCUACCCAGGAGGCUCUCUCUUGUCCGUGGCUGCAGUGGUCCAGGCCUCCUGAGUACUAGCUAUGACCAGAUGGUUACUUUUCUUUCCCUAUCAACUCACUUUGUACUUAAAUAAAUUUAUUUUAAAAGAA